AUGAGCGACGAUGAGGAACUGCAAUUUGCACUGGAACUCUCAAAAAAAACGUUUGAAGAAGAGCAAAGUCGACGUACCGAUUCUGGCGAUUUGAUUCGAUUCGAGUCGCCGGAUGAGCCAAGGCGACCUGUCUGUUCAUUUGGGCAGGAUUCAUUUCAAAGCGUCGAUAAAUCGCAAAAUGAUGUGACUAACGAAUCCACUAAUCAAUAUCAACCACUCACUCAUUUAUACGUCCCAUAUACGAUGACAAACUUAAAUUCGUCAUAUGAAGCACUUCUGAAUGGCGAUCUUAUUGAUUUGAGCACGUCGGACUAUGAUGAUACGCAGAUGCAGGUAAUUCGCCGGGAAUUUGAUCCGCUUUAUAUUGCGUCACCGUUGCGCUCAAGCCAUGCAAUUAUGCCGACAAUUCAGUUUAGUCCUCGGAAGCUGAUAACAGAAGAGCCUAGUGUAAUUGAGGAGAAUCCAUGCGGUGAAAUUGAAGAUCAUAUAUUUACUAUUCAAUCUAUAAAGUUGAAGCCUACUGAUGAUCCCAUGGCUAUCCAGGUCAAAGAUAUCAGAAAGCGAGGGCUUAUAGGAAGAGAGAAGUUCCCGUUCUUUUUCAUUGCCCCUACUGUAGAUUAUAUGACAACAACAGCGAGUACAAUCAAAAUUGUUGUUUUCAAAGAUCAUCGAUGGAAACGAUCAGAUUGUAUACAGAAGGCGAUGACAUGCGAUAUUGAAGAAACAGUAGAGUUAAUAACAGCACAAGCUCUUUCUUACUUUGAGACAGAUGCUGAGAAAGAUAGAAUUUACGGACUCAAGAUUUAUGGACUGAAUCAGUUCCUAUCGCAAGAAAGCCAGCUUGGUUGCAAUCUUUAUACCGGACACUGCCUUCUUCAUGGCGAGGAUGUGAAAUUAGAGCUUGGUUUGUUCGAAGUACCGAAAAGAAGAUACGACGAAACAUUGUUCCCCUGGGAAACCAUGAAAAGUAUCUUACGGUAUUCCGCAAUAGUUGAUCGCGAUGACAUAGAGAAUAAACUGAGUCAUCUUGCGCAGGCCAUGCAGAAAUACGAGGAAGCUUUUGACGAAGGUUCAACAUUAUUACUGUCGAACACCUCGCAACGAGUAAAGCAAAUUGUCAUGGUGCUUUGCCAAUAUCUCCAUCGCAUUGUACCCGAUAAGCUUUACACUCAAAUGCAGAGAUAUUUGGCAUCGACGACUGAUUUGCAGUUGGAAUACCAUAGAAAUGAUUUUGUACGGGAAUUGCAUUCAUUGGUGCAACUCUAUUGCAAGAGUACCGUUAGCAAAUGGAUGUUGCCACCCAUUCAUCAAGUUAAGAAACCACGUGAAGAAGUUUUGAUGCAUAGUGAUUACCUCCGAGUAAUGCUUAAUUCUGUACAUUGUAUACCAGAAUCUUGGAUCAGGGAAUACACAGAAUUUUACAUGUCUGUUGAUCUCUAUUAUGGUACCCAAGUGCUUGAUGGACAUAGUAAUCGAAUGCCGAAGGUUAUUCAUACUGACCAGUUUUUCGAACGGAUUCCGCUAGACUUAUACGCAAUUUUCAAACGUCUUACGCUUUGCAUGUAUCCGCGUGAAACGCGGAUUGUCGUCUCCAUCAGUGGAACAUUGAAGAAUGGUUCUAAUGUUACUCCAAAUUCAACCAUUGAGGUUAUGCAGAAUACUGAAAUGCUUGCAUAUUGUUCAGUACCGUUGUAUGAUGAAAACUUAAUUAUGCGUCAGGGUCCUUUAUUUAUGCCGCUCACACUAUUGCGGAAACAGCCAGUUGUGAAGCCAUUCGGACCAUUUCCUUAUAUAAGAACUCCACAAGAUCCCAUUUUAAUCAUGAGCUUGAAAGUGUAUGAAACAGAAAUUUGUUUCCCAACUGUUCAUGUCGACCUUCAAUGCAUUCCGCAAGACUUCAGUCUUUUGGAAAUUGAAACGCAAGAGUACUUAUUGGAGCUCAUAGAGAAAGAAGAUCCUUCUCGAUUAGAGCAUGAUGAUCAGGAGAUGAUUUGGCAGAAGCGACUUUAUCUCACGAAUCAGCCAGAAGCUUUACCAUUAGUUCUAUCAUCCCUGCAAGAUUGGAGUUUCUCAUUCUUAUCUCAAGUGUAUCAAAUUCUUGAAGAAUGGGCCCCAUUGAGACCGGAGAUUGCUCUUCAGCUUUUGUUACCACAGUAUCCUGAUGAACGAGUGCGAUCUUAUGCAGUACAGUGGCUUUCAAAAGGAUCCACAGAUUUCUUAUACCACUCGAUUCCACAGUUUAUUGAAGCUCUCCGUUUCGAGUUGUACGAGAAAUCAGCAAUUGCUGAAUUCAUAUUUGAACUGGCUUCAUUGAGUUUGGAUUUCACUUUCGAAAUCUAUUGGCAAUUGCAACAACGAGUAGAUCAUUGUGCGGUCGAUGAUUUACCGUACGCCAUUCGAUGUCAGAAUCUGCAGCACAAGAUUAUCGAUGAGCACGAGAGCAACGAUUUGAAAUGCGAUAUCAGGUUACAACACGAACUGCUUCAUGAUCUCGAUGUAAUACAAGAAGAAUUACGAUAUCACUCAAAUGAAUCCGAGCAAGAGAAACUCAAUCGGUUGCGAAUGAAGCUUGGCGUUAUGGAUAGCAAGCUUCUUCUGAACAAGGUUCCACUACCAAUAUGUCCGUCUUUUGAAUGCACUGGUGUUCGAAUAGAAGAAUGCAGUAUAUUCAAUUCCAACGCUAAACCAUUGAAAAUCGUGUUUCGUGGUAUCAACACGACCUAUUCCAUUAUACAUAAGAGAGAUGAUGAUAUGCGACAAGAUGCGUUCGUUAUGAAAAUGGUUAAUGAGAUGGAUCGAAUCUGGAAAUCUAAUGGACUUGAUUUGCGGAUAAUAACUUUUCGUGUCAUGCCUGUUGGUUACCGAAGGGGAAUGGCUGAACUGGUUCUGAAUUGUGCAACGCUUCUUGAAAUACAAAAAGAAGAUGGCCUUCGCGGGGUUCUUAAUGACGAGGUUCUCCGGAAAUGGCUAAUGAAGCAUAAUAGUAACGAGUUCUCAUAUAAAGAAGCAUUGGACAAUUUUAUUCGGUCAUGUGCUGGAUGGUGUGUUGUCACCUAUGUUCUUGGAAUUGGCGACAGACAUAAUGACAACAUACUUUUCACUAAAAAUGGCCACGUCUUCCAUAUCGAUUUUGGGAAGUACAUGGGCGAUUGGCAAACUGCCGCGGGAUUCAGAAGAGAUCGGGUACCUUUUGUAUUUACCUCAGAGAUGUUCUACGUCAUAAAUGGUGGAAAAACUCAGACACAGAACUAUCAGAUUUUCAUAGAUCACUGUUGUAAAGCAUUAAACUUCUUACGCCAAAAUCGAACCAAGUUGACGAAUUUACUUCGAAUUAUGGCGUGCUCAGACAUUUCCGGGAUUAAUAUGGAUUCCAUUGCUUUCGUUGAGAAAAACUUGAUGUUGGACCUUUCGGAAACUGAUGCAACUAUACAAUUCACUGAGCUGAUUCAAAACUCGCUCAACAAUUCAUUUGUUCGCUUGAAUUUCGUAGCGCACACGUUUGCUCAAUUCAUGUCAUCAAGUUCAAGCUUCUCUAAGAGAAACGAGAAUGAAUUAAGCUUUGUGCCCCAGCUUUACACUGAAAAAACUGAUGGAAGGAUUGAAACGGUUCGUGUACUCUCAUUUGAGAAAAGAUUUAUCCCGAAUAAAGUUUACCUAUACAAGGUUGAAGUAAUUCGAAAAGACGUCGCGGUUUCCUCAUUUGUGUACCGAUCUUUUGCAGAAUUUGAUGAGCUUCACACAAAACUCCGAAGAAGAUUCCCAUCUCUUCUCUGCGUUCUCAACACUGGCACGAAUAUGCGGUCAAAUGUGCGAGCCGUCGCACAGAAGCGAAUGAUAGAUGUUCAACAUUAUUUGCGAUACCUCUUUCUUCAGCCGCCCGAAAUUUCUCAUUGCGACCUCGUCUACACAUUCUUCCAUUCUUUAUUAAGAGAUAACAAGUGCGACACUUACAUAGAUCCUACUGAAAUGGUCUCAACAAACAAUUGCCAAAUCUACUUGAAAGUUCAAUAUAAUGUUACGCGACAGACAUUAAACGUGUUUGUUGGCCACGUGAAGAAUCUUGCAAUUCUGGCUACUGGCCAACCUCCAGAUCCGUAUGUGAAGACUUAUGUGAGACCGGAUCUGCAGAACUAUUCGAAACGCAAAACCCAGGUGGUUCGAGCCACUCAAAAUCCGACGUUCAACCAAGAAUUGUCCUACGACCAAUUUCCAGCGCAAUUGCUCUCGUCUCGCGUUCUUGAAGUGAGCGUUUGGAACAAUGGCGGACUCAUGGAUAAUCAUAAAAUGUAUAUGGUGUGCAUACCACUUCUUAAGAUUAACUCAGCGCCAGUAGAUCGUAGAUCAAAUCGUGUCCUUGAAGGCUGGUUUCAUUGUGACAAAUAUAUAUAA